AUGAUCUCCUCUCCUUCUGACUGCAUGCACUUUGGUAUUAAAAUGUUUUCAGUACCACCAACCAUUGUGUUGUGACAUAUUUGAGAUUAUAGAUACAUGUUGAGAUUUUUUAACGAAUUACACCAUCACGUUAAUAAUCGGGACUGAGGGCACUCGCGGUGUGCAACGCUGCUGCUGCUGUUAUUUUUGUGGUUGUAUCCAAAAAGUGCAGAGCUACUGUAGGCAGAGCGAGCUAGCUAGUCAGGUCGGACGGCGGCGAGGCCCCAACCGGACGGGAACACGGGGGAACCAUGGCCAACAUCGCAGUUCAGAGGAUAAAACGGGAAUUCAAGGAGGUGCUCAAAAGUGAAGAGACGAGCAAAAACCAGAUAAAGGUGGAUCUGGUGGAUGAGAACUUCACAGAACUUAGAGGGGAGAUAGCCGGGCCACCUGACACACCAUAUGAAGGGGGUAGAUAUCAACUAGAAAUUAAAAUUCCAGAGACAUAUCCAUUCAAUCCACCCAAGGUGCGGUUUAUCACAAAGAUCUGGCAUCCCAACAUCAGCUCAGUCACAGGUGCAAUAUGUCUGGACAUUCUCAAAGACCAGUGGGCAGCAGCAAUGACUCUGAGGACAGUCCUCCUGUCACUACAAGCCUUAUUGGCAGCUGCAGAACCAGAUGAUCCACAAGAUGCAGUGGUAGCCAAUCAGUACAAGCAGAACCCAGAGAUGUUCAAACAGACGGCGAGGCUCUGGUCUCAUGUCUAUGCAGGCGCUCCCGUUUCCAGUCCGGAGUACACACGCAAAAUAGACAAACUCUGUGCCAUGGGCUUUGAAAAAAAUGCAGUUAUAGUGGCGUUGUCAUCAAAAUCUUGGGACGUGGAGACAGCGACAGAGUUACUGCUCAGUAACUGAAUCAUGACGUUGUCUUUUUCUUCCUCUUGAUCCCCAUCUGUCCUCCUCACACAUUCACACCCUCUGUCCUCCAAAAUCCUGCUGUCUCAAGGCAUCUUUUUCCCUUGUUGCACCCUCUGUUUCACAGUGGACUCCAGGUCCCCAGAAACAGCGCUGGACUUUAAAGCCAAUUCGACGUAGUGCCCAAACCAUUUAAUUACAACAUUACGCGAUGCACACUGGCCCAAAAAACCUUUUCCCCCAUAUGCCUACAUUGUAAAAUAAGUGGCUGUUAGACAGUGAACAAACCCACUGCAAAAUGAGUCGUUUCACUAUCAGCCUGGCCCACCCACCCCGACCCUAAGUCCUCUCUGUGUGGCAUCUCUUGGCCCUGCUCAUCACCUCUGCUGUACAACACUCCAAUCAGUCGCUCCAUGAGCUGUUAUCUCUGUUUUUUUUUUUCUAUUAAGUUCAUGUAACAUUCCACUCGAUGCUACAAUCAAGUUCAGCCACAUCUCGCCUCCUUUGAAGCAAAUGCCAGACUUAAAACCCCGCCCACACCUGCCAGUCUCUCAGCAUUCCUGACUGUGUCCAAGAAACAGCUGUCAGUGGCUUAUCUUUGCCUAUGCAGUGCAUUUACUUUAAUUUGUGAAAACAUUCAGUCGGAGAAAGUCAUGAUUUUUUUACAUGCUUUUGGGCCAUUUUUCUAAAAAGGGAAUGGGUGAGUCCUAGAAUAUACAACACAUGAUAAACAUUCAAUAUUUUGGGGAAACUCUGAACUGGUAUAAAGUAUUCUAAAAUAAGUAGCAAACCGAAAAUUGGGGAUUCUUAUGAAUUAUCUUGUUCCAUCAAUGGGAGUUUUUGAGGGAAAAGUGUAUACAUUUCUCACUUAAAAUUUGGAGAGUAAAUAUAGUGCACCAAGUAGAGACUAUGGACAAGGCUUAUUCCCUGUUGUGGACAGGAGCUCAUGAAGGUGAUGUUCACACCGUAGCCAUACUCAUUUUCAUGCCACGUUUCCCUUCUCUUCAGCUGUCUGAUAAACCCAAAGCUCCUGCAGCAAAUCCCACACGACUCCUUUCCCCACAUUUUUAAAAAAAACUUUUAUUUGGUUUUGGCCUCCUGCAGGAAUACAUUUGGAUGCUUGUUUUUAAACAGACAAAACAAACAAAAAAAUAAAACAUCAACCACCUGUAACACAACCUGUCAGAAGUCUGGAUGGAAAUAGUUCAAUAAUGAGUUUGAAAAAUACUGCAUCUUAAGUACGCCAACAGAUAAAUAUGUCAAAAUGAUUCAUCUGUAAAUAAAGAUAUUAAAGUCUGUGUAAAUUAA